AACAGCGAUUAAUAAUGUAUACCAUCAACAAGCCAUGCCCCACAUGAUGAAGCAAGUUUGCAGGUAAUAAUUUAGUACAUCAAAAAAUAAUUAUCAGUUGCUGGGCAGUUGGGCAACUGACAUUUUGGCUGUCUUAUUCCUCAUUGACCCUAUUUUAUUUGUAGAAUAACUUGCAACCGGGGUUAGAAGUGUCUGCGCGAUGAAACACUUGUUCUGCUAUUACAUUCUUGGUGUGUUAAAUUUUCGUUACAAUCCUUCGAAACAAAAAUUUAGCAGUAAUGGAAUGUUAACUGCAUUUAAACUAUUCCUUCAUGUUAUCGUUCCCAACUUUGUACUUAUUUACAUAUCAGUGGUUGGUAAAAACGGUAUUUUGUUAACUAUUCCUUCAGUGAGGAUGUUUGCGUUUUUUAUUCGCAUCGUAUCUACGAUUGUGGCGAUGAAUGUAAACUUACUUUUGAAUUAUUUCUACUCUAGUGCGGAUCAAAUUAAACUUGCUAACGACUUCCUGGCCACGAUCAAAGAGAGAGAAUACUUGAAUCGCAACCUGAACAAUGCAAAAUCUUCUUUCAAGGGAUUGUAUAUUGUGCUUGGGUUGUUUCUAACCCAUCAUAUAAACUACGAGUUAAACCAGUACACGUACGUCGUAUUGUAUGAUGAAAAGUGGCCCGAGUUUACGUUUUACGUUGUAUUUUACUUUAUCGAGGCGAUUAGCGUUAUGAUCGCACUUUACUAUCAUUCCGUGUUAGUAUUGAUUCAUCACAUCGCACGGGAAGAUUGCGACCGUUUAUCGAAUUGCCUUUCUGAAAACAAAGCCAAAUUCAAGAAUGAAAUGGACACGUACUGGUGGGCCACCAUUGACCAGUUUUACAACCGCGUGCUGCUUCAGCGCCAACGGCAACGUGCGUUUUGCCGGACGAAUCAGUUGCAGCUUAUUGUUGUCGCUCUAAACACCUUCAUUUCAUCGUGUAUGAUAUUUUAUGUGAAUCUAUCCAUCAUUCUGCAUUGGUCCCAUAACGGUUGGAUAGAAAAAUACAAACGUGUCACUGAGUGCUUGGGAUUUUUCUCACAACUAGGCGCGCUACUUCUCAUUUGUUACCAUUCAUCUAGCAUAUGCGACCAGGAGAAAAGAUUGAAAUAUCUCAUUGGACAAGCACAGUGCAAGCUAACUUACAGUUUAAAAAAUAUUAAACGAUGCAACGUGGUUAACACCAACUUAAUUUUUUUGGGAAAUGAUAAUGAAAUCACGCCACUGCAUCUCUUUACUUUAGACAUGGGAUUCUUUUUUGGAACCGUGGCUGCUAUUGUUACAUAUCUGGUUGUAUUGUUCCAGUUCAGUGAGCUGGAGCCCGACAGUCAAUAA